AUGAGAAUGAUUCAUUAUGUCAUGGAAUAUUUUACAAUUGUACGUCGGGGUGAUGGUACAGAUGAAACUAUUAUGUUGAGUCAUACUCAUUUUUGUGCUUAUGAUCCGUCAUUUCGUUGCGAAGAUUUAAUAUGGCGACCACGAACUGCAUUGGAAGAUGUAGAUGUGAUUUGUGGUGAUGGUUCAUACAAUACUUAUACAACUAAAUGUGUCAAUAAAAGAGAUUUACUAUUGAAAAUAGCGAUAAUUCAAUCAACAUCGGAUAUAUCUACUAUAUGUCGUGAUACCAUGGUUUGUCUUACUGAUAUUGAAGAUUGUAAAACAAAAUUGAAUAUAACACAUCAUUGUCCUGAACUGUUUCAAUUUCCGGGAGUUCUCGUUUUGUUUUGA